AUGAAGUGGAUCCUGGGCUUGAGCCUUGUCCUGUGCCUGGUAGUCUCGAUGGCCUUAGGUGCUUUGUACACCAAGGAGCCUCUCGUGGUCACCAGACACGGGAUCCUACAAGGAAAGCAAACACAUGUGGGAAACAUAACCGUCCAAGUCUUCCUGGGAGUCCCCUUCUCCAAACCUCCUGUGGGCACCCGCAGGUUUGCUCCUCCAGAGCCCCCGCAACCCUGGACCGGCUUCAGAGAUGCCACCAUCUACCCACCUUCGUGCCUUCAGGAAACCUGGGGACAGGUAACCUCCAUGUACUUGAACACGCGGAAGCAGUAUGAAUGGCUGCACUUCAGCGAGGACUGUCUCUACCUGAAUGUUUAUGCCCCAGUGCUAGCGCCUGGGGACCCUCUGCUGCCGGUGAUGGUUUGGUUUCCGGGAGGCGCCUUCCUCGUCGGCUCUGCUUCCACCUACGAAGGCUCGGAGUUAGCCGCCCGCGAGAAAGUGGUGCUGGUGUUUCUGCAGUACAGGCUGGGCAUCCUAGGCUUCUUCAGCACGGGCGACAGCCAAGCCCGCGGAAACUGGGGGCUGCUGGACCAGAUAGCGGCUCUGCACUGGGUUCAGGAGAACAUCGAGGCCUUUGGUGGAGACCCGGACAGUGUAACACUAUUCGGUCAGUCGGCGGGAGCUAUGAGCAUCUCGGGACUGCUGAUGUCACCCCUUGCCCAAGGUCUAUUCCAUCGGGCCAUUUCCCAGAGCGGUACUGCGAUACUGAAAGUCUUCAUCAUGUCUGAUCCAUUGAAGGCAGCCAAGAAGGUUGCUCACGUGGCUGGCUGCGACCACGACAACACAAAGAUCAUGGUAGCAUGCCUGAGGGCUCUAUCGGGGAAUGAGGUGAUGCACGUUUCCAAGAGGAUGGCAUUCUUUCACGUCAACCUCAAGAAAGAUCCAAACGAUAUGGUAUGGUUCCUGAGCCCUGUGGUGGAUGGUGUGGUGUUCCCAGAGGACCCUGUGGUGCUCCUGACCAGCGGGCAGGUUACCCCUGUGCCCUACCUUUUAGGUGUCAACAAUGUGGAGUUCGAGUGGAGCUUGCCUUUUCUCUUGAAGCUCCAGCUGACUCAGCACGCAAUGAACGAAAAAUACCUCACCAAACUGCUUUGGAGUUCCAGCACCCUGCUGAAUAUCACUAAGGAGCAGAUCCCACUGGUGAUGAAGGAGUACUUGAUUGACGCUGCCGUUAAGCAUGACUGGAAGACGGUCCGCAACCACUUGCUAGAUCUAAUUGGAGAUGCCACCUUCGUGUACUCCACCCUUCAAGCCGCACGCUACCACCGGGAUGCUGGCUUCCCUGUCUAUCUGUAUGAGUUCAAGCACCGUGCUCCUUCAGGCAUAAUUGUCAAACUUCGACACGAUGGGGCAGACCAUGGAGACGAGCUUGCCUAUAUCUUCGGAAGCCCUUUCUCCAAAGGCUCAUCCACCAGUGAGGAAAAGGAAUUUAGCCUCCAGAUAAUGAAAUACUGGGCCAACUUUGCCCGCACUGGGGACCCCAAUGACAGAACGCUGCCCUACUGGCCACGCUUUGACAAGAAUGAAAAGUACCAGCAGUUGGACUUCGAUACAAGUGUGGGUGUGAAGCUCAAAGAGAAAAAGAUGGCUUUCUGGAGAAGGCUGCACCAGCCUCAGAAAACUUAGAAGCAGCAGCAACCCUGAGAGUAACCAAGCAAGAGAGAACUAUCCUACCAUCCUGCCUCAAGGAGAUUGGCCCUGGAUAUGUCUGAGGACAGCAGUCCUGUCUACUGAAUGUGGGACCUGGAGAUGCUCCUGGCUGCCUUCAGGCUAUAGCUGGAGCCCCAGUCCGUCAUGUGGGGCUCAGCACCACCUGUCCAGCCUGACACCCCAUAGAUCACUGUCUACACCAGGCCAGGGACUUUUCAUCACACUGUGCUCUGCCCCCUCAGCCUCAGGAUAAUCUCUUCUCUCUCUUUUCCAGGUCCUCUUACCCCUCAUGAUGUUUUCAGACCCCUCUUAUGGAGGGUUCACACAGGCUGUCACUUUCUGUCAUUGCACCCUGCCAUCAUUGAUCAUCUACCCUGUCCAACCUGCCUGCUCGUGCUUGCCUCGAGGACCCAGACAAUCUAUUCAUGGCAUGGGGCAAAGCUUUGAUGGCUUGGGAUC